GCUCCUUUUGUAGAUUUUCACCUGAAGUUCCUCAUCAAGAUGUUUCUAGCCAAAAAACUAAUUGGUGGCAUCCUGGAUGUUGUGAGGUAGUCCCGGCUCCUUUUGACACACACACACACACACACUGUCAGGUUACUGACUUAAUUAAUGACGUUGCACUCUCAGUAGUUAUUAAAUACUAAUAGACAAUGGUCCAUCUGGUUUUCUCCAACAGCAAUGUUGACCCCAGUCAAUUUGUGCCCUCAGAGCCUGUGAGUUAACCCUUUAACACCCUUUAUAACAUCUCAGAAUACCGUCAUAGUCUUAUGAUCUCUGCGGAUUGGAAAGUUUUAGAAGUAAACACUACUCUUUUGAGCAAAUGAGCCACAACUGUUGUUGGCCUGCAUGUCAGACUGCAGUGAAGAGGGCUGUGAGUGUUAGUGUUAACAGAACCUGGUCUGUGUUUGUGUCCUAGCCCCCACCACGCAGACCUCUGGCCUAUGCUAAACCGAAGGAGAAUGACGAGGAGGCACAGUUCCGCAAGGUGUUCCAGCAACUCGCUGGGGAUGUAAGGACUUAUUGUUAUUCAACUUAUGCACUUCUACUACUCUCAUAUCUUAUCCUAUUCAUCUCCAAACCUACUGUCCUUUCCUAUCCUCUUUCCUAUCAUGUUAUUCCCUGUAUAUAGCCAUUAUUUUGUACUCAAUAUUGUUAUUUGUUAUUCACUGUGUAUUAUAUAUGUUUUUUCAUCUUUAUCUUUAACUCUGCAUUGUUGGAAAAGGACCCCUAAGUAAGCAUGCCACUGUUAGUCUACACCUGCUGUUUACGAAGCAUGUGACAAAUCAUAUUUGAUUUGUUUAAAGUAAAGAACUCAGAUAAGUCAAGUCAGUUCUAGCUAUGAGUCAUUGAGAGAUGUUCAUCUUAGGCUUUCGGCCAUCAAAUACAGUGCUAUAAGUGUGUCAUUGUAUAAUCAGGCCUCUUGUUGAAUGUUUUAAAGAGGCUGUUUCAUUAUGUGGAUUUCCACAAGGACAACACACAGUUGGUAAAAUAAUUUACAUUAACCAACCGUUAGUGGUUUAUUGUAAUAGAGAGCAGACCAACGACCAGUGUUAAUUAAGUUACAGAUUUGUUUGUGGCAUAUUAUCUUUUGAAGUAGGUGCAGCCAACUAUCCAUGGCAUGGAUGGUAUUUCAUUUAUUGGCUGAUGGUACACUGGUACAAUCAGUGAAACCCUGUUGUCGCCUGUUGUAUCCCAGUUAAGUCUGGUUUGCAUUCCAAACCCCUCCCUCCACCCAUUCACCCUCUUUCAUCUGGAGCCAGUCUUCAGAAUGUGGUUCAUCCAGCCACCCAAAGAUGUUGGAAAUUAUGCUUCUAAUGUACUGUCUGUCAUUCGCUGCUGCCAACCAAUAGAAGCCCUUUAGUAGAGUACAGUAAAGACUUCCUGUUGGCUUAAAUCAUUGAUUCCGCCCCCUUUGGUUCUGGUCAUGUGUACUAGCCCAGGCUCCACAUAUGUUCCCCUUCUCUACAGCUACUGUAUGCUAUUGGAUCACGCAGUGGUGGAUCAGGCAGUGGUGGAGUAAGAAGCUGAUGGUGUGGUUUUUGACAACCCAAAAACUGGUUUAUUCCACAGGCAGCAGGAAGAGAGACUGGUUCCUCCUCUCUCUGCAUACCUACCAUUGUCUGACUCCUGCCUGGUUAGUUUUGUGUGGGUGGGGGUGGAGGCUGUGUGAGUCAUGUAGUUGGGUUUGGAUACAUGUAUUGCAUGUUCUUCUGGGCACUCGUCUGGCAGUGGUUCACUUUCAACUGAUGACUAGCCGACCUCAUUAAGGCCUUACUCAUAAGGGGAGGGAACACAAGAUGCAUAUGGAAUGAAACCUAAAGCUAUACCUGCUGCAAAUAUAUCUGCUUGAAGUUUUAAAGUUGUUACCAUAAUUUUGGUUCUAAUAUGUCACACACAAAUACAGAGAAAACGAUGCAUUUGGUCCAUGAUUGUACUCCUAAAACAUAUGUUCAUUAAAGUAGUCUCAGUGUCCUUAUCCCUUUGUGAGCUGAGAGUUUUGAAGUUGUUUGCAUCACUUUGGUUGAUCUAGUAUGUCACGUAAACACACAAAUACAGAGAAAACAAUGUAUUUGGUCCAUCUGUGCAAAUGACUUAUCAUGUAUUACUUAAUGAUAAAGUAGUCUCAGUGUCCUUAUCCUUUUGUGAGCUGAGUUGUGACCCAAAUACAUGUAGGCAUAUGCAGUGUAUGAAGAUUUACUAUCUGUGUAUUAUAGGACAUGGAGGUCAGCCCCACUGAACUGAUGAACAUCCUCAACAGGAUCAUUGGCAAACGUGAGUCCUAUUCUUACACAAACACCAUGCUUGUGUCUAUACUUGUCUUUGUCAUUGCAUUCUUAUAGUAUUUAUACCUCUGUGUGCAUGUACCUUAUGUUCAAGAGCAUGUCUAUGCAUGCCUUUUUGUAUCUAUGUACUCUCUGUACAAACACACACACUUUACUCAUAUCUAGACAUAUGCUGCACGCAUAAUGGAGUCUGUCUAAGCACAAGACUGGUUCCAUGGAAUGGUUUACUGUGUUGUAGUGAAGGAGUGGUCUGUCUGUGUUCAUUUCAGGUACUGACCUGAAGACUGACGGCUUUAGCAUCGAGUCAUGCAGGAGCAUGGUGGCUGUCAUGGACGUAUCCUUCCACAUCAGAGUCUGUAUUAGGAUGGAGGACUAUACUACACUACACUACACUAUACUAUACUAAGCUGACACUACUAUCAGAGUAGUUGAUAUUAAGUUUUACCUUAACCCUGAACACACAGAGCGACAGCACAGGAAAGCUAGGUUUCCAUGAGUUCAAGUAUUUAUGGAACAACAUCAAGAAAUGGCAGGUGAGUUCAGUCCUCUUGUUACAUUUUUGACAAUCAGCACUGUAUAUCAACAAUUGGGUUACAUCAUGGACAUUUCUGUGAAACGUUUGCCUUGAACUAGAAAUUAUUUACAUGUAUUUGCAAGGCAUUCAUAUAACACCACCUACAACUUCCAAUAGUCCUCUUACUCCACUACUGUAAGAAUGUUGUUUAUAAAUGUCAUGUUAAUACAUUCUUAAUAAAAGGUGCUAUGAACUUUGACCUCUCGGUGUAACCUUAUUUCCGCUCUGAUUCAGGGCAUCUACAUAUCAAAUGACGCAGACCGCUCAGGGCUCAUCUCCUCACAAGAGCUUCCCGCUGCCUUCAGAGCUGCAGGUGAGCUCAGAGAUCAUGAGAACCGGAACAUGGAAUUGCAUAUUUCUUUGUCAUCAUAAGGCCCUUAUAACAGUGUCAUAAUAUUGACAACAAACAGCCAUGACAGCUGAUGAAAGCUAGCUUGUUCCUGCAUAUACAGUGGGGAGAACAAGUAUUUGAUACACUGCCGAUUUUGUAGGUUUUCCUACUUACAAAGCAUGUAGAGGUCUGUCAUUUUUAUCAUAGGUACACUUCAACUGUGAGAGACGGAAUCUAAAACAAAAAUCCAGAAAAUCACAUUGUAUGAUUUUUAAGUAAUUAAUUGGCAUUUUAUUGCAUGACAUAAGUAUUUGAUACAGCAGAAAAGCAGAACUUAAUAUUUGGUACAGAAACCUUUGUUUGCAAUUACAGAGAUCAUACGUUUCCUGUAGGUCUUGACCAGGUUUGCACACACUGCAGCAGGGAUUUUGGCCCACUCCUCCAUACAGACCUUCUCCAGAUCCUUCAGGUUUCGGGGCUGUCGCUGGGCAAUACGGACUUUUAGCUCCCUCCGAAGAUUUUCUAUUGGGUUCAGGUCUGCAGACUGGCUAGGCCACUCCAGGACCUUGAGAUGCUUCUUACGGAGCCACUCCUUAGUUGCCCUGGCUGUGUGUUUCGGGUCGUUGUCAUGCUGGAAGACCCAACCACGACCCAUCUUCAAUGCUCUUACUGAGGGAAGGAGGUUGUUGGCCAAGAUCUCGAGAUACAUGGCCCCAUCCAUCCUCCCUUCAAUACGGUGCAGUCGUCCUGUCCCCUUUGCAGAAAAGCAUCCCCAAAGAAUGAUGUUUCCAUCUCCAUGCUUCACGGUUGGGAUGGUGUUCUUGGGGUUGUACUCAUCCUUCUUCUUCCUCCAAACAAGGCGAGUGGAGUUUAGACCAAAAAGCUCUAUUUUUGUCUCAUCAGACCACAUGACCUUCUCCCAUUCCUCCUCUGGAUCAUCCUGAUGGUCAUUGGCAAACUUCAGACGGGCCUGGACAUGCGCUGGCUUGAGCAGGGGGACCUUGCGUUCGCUGCAGGAUUUUAAUCCAUGACGGCGUAGUGUGUUACUAAUGGUUUUCUUUGAGACUGUGGUCCCAGCUCUCUUCAGGUCAUUGACCAGGUCCUGCUGUGUAGUUCUGGGCUGAUCCCUCACCUUCCUCAUGAUCAUUGAUGCCCCACGAGAUGAGAUCUUGCAUGGAGCCCCAGAACGAGGGUGAUUGACCGUCAUCUUGGACUUCUUCCAUUUUCUAAUAAUUGCGCCAACAGUUGUUGCCUUCUCACCAAGCUGCUUGCCUAUUGUCCUGUAGCCCAUCCCAGCCUUGUGCAGGUCUCCACUUUUAUCCCUGAUGUCCUUACACAGCUCUCUGGUCUUGGCCAUUGUGGAGAGGUUGGUGUCUGUUUGAUUGAGUGUGUGGACAGGUGUCUAUUAUACAGGUAACGAGUUCAAACAGGUGCAGUUAAUACAGGUAAUGAGUGGAGAACAGGAGGGCUUCUUAAAGAAAAACUAACAGGUCUGUGAGAGCCGGAAUUCUUACUGGUUGGUAGGCGAUCAAAUACUUAUGUCAUGCAAUAAAAUGCCAAUUAAUUACUUAAAAAUCAUACAAUGUGAUUUUCUGGAUUUUUGUUUUAGAUUCUGUCUCUCACAGUUGAAGUGUACCUAUGAUAAAAAUUACAGACCUCUACAUGCUUUGUAAGUAGGAAAACCUGCAAAAUAGGCAGUGUAUCAAAUACUUGUUCUCCCCACUGUGUGUGUUUGGUCACAUUGGUGUCUCUCCUCUGUUAUGUCCGUGUGCAGGCUUCCCUCUCAACGACCAACUAUUCCAGUUGAUCGGCCGCAGGUACAGUGACGAACAGGGCAACAUGGACUUUGACAACUUCAUUGGGUGCCUGGUGAGACUGGACGCCAUGUGUCGUAAGUGACUCAUCCUCAAUAUUCCCCUGCUCAGUCCGAUUAUGUUCUUGAUUUCAGACUAUUUUCUUUUCAUUACCCUUCAGUAAUAGUGUUUUGUGCAUUUUCAGGAGCUUUCAAGACUCUGGACAAAGAUGAUAAUGGAAGUAUCAAAGUCAACAUCAAGGAGGUAAAUUCGUUUUCACUAUUUGCUCUUUGAAUAUAAAUGGUGUGUUUAGGGUUAGGGACCAUUUUUAAGAUGAAUGACUGGAUAUAGGCACUGAAAUUAGACCUAAAUAACCACACCUCUUAUUUAUUGUCUUUUGCUUUCUCCGCAGUGGCUUCAGUUGACCAUGUACUCAUAA